UCCGGCGUCACUAUCCCACCCACUCCACCUCGCCGCCCCGAAACGCCCAGAAGACUAGAGAACUCGCGUCUCCGAUCCCACACGCCGCCGAAGCCGCAACGCCACCGGCAGCCAUGUCCAGCUCCAACCCCGGCUCGCCCCACGCCUCCGCCCAUCCCGACCACGAGCACACCCCGCUCUGCCGCUCCUCCGGCGCGCCCACCACGACGCCGACCCCGCCCCCGCCCCCCUGGUCAGGGACCUCCGACUCCUGGCCACCGGCCUACCGCCCCAUCCGCAUGCCGGCCACCAACGUGUCCACCAACACCGCUGCCUUCCUCUCCCCAGUCCCGCAGCCGCUCCCGGUGCCCCCCGCCGCGCCGCCCCACGCCUUCCAGGCCCCCGCCAAGCGGAUCGCCUCCCCCGACGACAUCGCCCGCUUCCACGCCUCCCUCCACGGCCGCCACUUCCUCGGCUUCGUCGCCGCGCUCUCCGUCUCCGUCCACGGCCGCAAUCUCACCGACCCUCUCGCGGCCCCGCCCUCCCCCGCCGUCUCCACGCUCCUUGACCUAGUCACCGCGCUCUCCGCGCUCGUCGCCUCCACCCCGCCGCUCCCGCACAACUCCCGGUACGGCAACCCCGCCUUCCGCCUCUGGCACGAGAAGGUCGCCGACUCUGCCGGCGAGCUUAUCGUGCGGAUCACGGCCACCGCCGCUUCCCCCUCGGACCUCGCCGGCGCCGAGGUCGAGCUUGCGCCGUAUCUCCUCGAUUCCUUCGGCAACGCCACCCGCAUCGACUACGGGACGGGGCACGAGACCAACUUCGCCGCCUUCCUCUACUGCCUUGCGAGGCUCGGGCUCAUCACGGAGCCCGACUACCCAGCCGUCGUGCUGCGCGUCUUUGCCUCCUACCUCGACCUCAUGCGUACGCUGCAGGACACGUACCUGCUGGAGCCCGCGGGCUCCCACGGUGUGUGGGGGCUCGACGAUUACCACUUCCUGCCCUUCAUAUUUGGAGCUGCGCAACUGAUCGUUCACAAGUACAUAAAGCCCAAGUCGAUUCACAACCCAGAUAUCUUGGAGAACUUCUCAAAGGAGUACAUGUACCUUGGGCGCGUCGCAUAUGUGAAGAAGGUAAAGAAGGGGCCCUUUGCGGAGCACUCGCCAAUGUUGGAUGAUAUAAGUGGUGUGGCCAAUUGGAAGAAGGUGAACAGUGGGCUGCUCAAGAUGUACAAGGCUGAGGUGCUUGAGAAGGUGCCAAUCAUGCAGCAUUUCCUCUUUGGCUCGCUUAUCAAAUGGGAGGGUUAAUACCAUCUUCAAAAGCUCUCCGCCUCAGGCAAAGCUCCAGAGCUACACCAUGAUCUAUGAGAACCCUUUUGUGAUUCAAGGACUAUUUGUACAGUGAUGCUGCUCAAUGUCAGUAGAAGGCGGACCUAUGGAAGCUCGCUUUCGAUCUAGGGCGAUGAGCUUUCUGUGUGUUAGCGUAGCCUGCCAUCACACCGCUAUAUGGUGCUUAAUUUCUCAAAAUUUGCCACAUCCUAUUCAGGUUGUACUGCUUGGGGAUUGCCUUGACUCUCUGAGUUUGAGGUCAAGCUAGCGGUUAAAUAACACCUUGUACUGAGGCUUUUGGUGUAGAUUACUAGGGUGGAACAGUUUUUGCUGUUGCUGAAUGGAAGCCUGAAAGGUGCUUGUCUCC